CCCACACACCCCACCAUUGUUAAAAGGCCUUGCUCAGGCGAGCUUCUCUCUCACUCUCUGAAGACUGAAGUUAAUCAAGAACAGAACAAGAAAGCGAACCCCAAAUUAACUGCUCUCUCUUACUUUCAAAGUUCAAACUCUCUCUCCCAAACUUUUCUUCGCUCUCUUUUGUUUUCCUUUCCGUUUCUCCUUUUUCAUUCUCAACUAUCUCGGAAAAUCAGCUCUGAACAUCAGUCUACACUGUAAACACAAUCUCUGUCUUUGUUGUUGUUGUUGUGGUUGUGGUUUGUGUGGGGAAAUGUAUGCUUUAGACUUCGAUAACGUGAAGGUCGAAAAGGCGAACGCGAUGAUAAGGUAUUAUCGCCUUCGAAACCUUGCGAAAUUAUUUCGCAUCGUUGAGGUCUGCCUUAUUCUCGUGUUCCUGUCUUGGUCUUCCACUCGCUUGCCGUUCGCAGUUAGACUCUCCGGCGAGUACUUCCGACUGCUCAUUGGUAUCAUCGUUAGUCCUUUCUUCAUAUUUUUACUCAGCAACGCCAUCGUCGUCGUUCUUGUUGUCAAUUCCGGCCAAUUCUCCGGCCAAACACCGAGUAGUGAGACUGAGAACAAUGCCGAAACCAAUCUAUGUGAAGAAUUUAUCAAUAGCAGCGACAAUCGUAUCGUGUACGGAUCGGACGGUUGUGCUUCGGUGCCGGAACCUGAGGACAUUGUGUACCAGGACAAACAGAUCAUAAGCGAAAGCAACACCUCCACAAUUCCUAAAUCCGAUAGCUCUGAAGUUCCGGCAAUGGUCGUUGAUAAGGUCUCGGAAGCGAAAGCUCAUAGAAGAAGCCAGUCGGAGAAUUUUGAGAGGGAGAGUUCGAAGGAGAAUUGUGGGAAACUCCGGCGAUCAGUAACUGAGAAAUGCCGAAAUCUUUCAAAUUCCGGUGAUACUCCGGGGGAGACGGUGCACCUGGUGGACAAACUGAGUAAUGAGGAAUUUCAGCAGGCUAUAGACGAGUUCAUAGCCAAGCAAGUCAAGUUUCAUCGAGAGGAGAAAUCGGCCAUUGUUCUCCAUAGCCAAAUCUGAAUCACCGUACGCAUUUCAAACUCCACCCAAAAAUUCAUGAUUUUCUUGUUGCUUUUCCUUCCUGUUUUUUCUACUUUCAUUCUGGUUUGUGGAUCCUAUCCUAUGUACAGUUAUAAAUUCUCAACUAAAUGUGGACGAAACAAUUGGGGGAGUGAUUUGUCUAUUUCAGUUAAUUAAG